AUGGUCGCUCCCACACUCCUCGGUGGCCUCGUCGCUGCCGCCGCGCUGGUUCCCCUCACCCAGGCCGCGCGCCCAGACAUCAAGGCCGCGCCGUUCCAUCCCGGCCGCGCUUUCCCGUCCUCGGCUCCGAGGACCAAGACCUGCGCCGUCAAGCCUCUCGGCAACGGCACCGAUGACAGCGGCAACAUCCUCAAGGCGUUCAAGGACUGCAAUAACGGCGGCACCGUCGUUCUGGACCAGACUUACAACAUCUGCAACCCUCUGGAUCUCACCUUCCUGAACGCCGUCGAUGUCGCUCUGACGGGCACCGUCGGUUUCUGCGACGACAUCGAGCACUGGCUGCCGCGUACCUUCAAGUACAACUUCCAAGGCUCAUCGGCCAUGUGGGUGUUUGGCGGCAAGGAUGUUCACAUCUACGGCAACGGCGUUGGUACCCUCCAAGGAAACGGCCAGAAGUGGUACGACCGAUUCGCGUCGAACGCCACCCUCGAGAGACCCAUCAUGUUUGUCACUGAUGGCCUGAACGGCGGCUCUUUCACCGGCAUCAACAUGGUCAACUCCCCCAUGUGGUUCAACCUCAUCGCCAACAGCACAGACUUCCUCAUUUCAGACAUUGACAUCAAGGUCGGCUCGACCUCGUCCAACCCCGCCAAGAACACGGACGGCUGGGACACCUACCGCUCCGACGGCAUCGUCAUCCAGAACUCCAACAUCAACAACGGCGACGACUGCGUCUCCUUCAAGCCCAACUCCACCAACAUCGUCAUCCAGGGCCUCGUCUGCAACGGCUCCCACGGCAUCUCCGUCGGCUCCCUCGGCCAGUACGUCGGCACCUACGACAUCGUCGAGAACCUCUACGUCUACAACACCACCAUGUCCAACGCGUCCGACGGCGCCCGCAUCAAGGUCUGGCCCGGCAUUGACACCCCCUUCCAGCCCUCCCUCUCCGGCGGCGGCGGCUCCGGAUACGUCAAGAACGUCACCUACGACACCUUCCACCACUCCAACAACGACAACGCCAUCACCAUUGACCAGUGCUACGGCCAGAAGAACCAGACGCUCUGCAACCAGUACCCCUCCAACAUGACCAUCAGCGACAUCUACUUCAAGAACAUGGACGGCACCGCCUCCAGCAAGUACGACCCCCGCGUCGGCACCCUCGUCUGCAGCAGCAAGGAGAAGUGCCUCAACAUCAACGCCGAGAGCAUCGACGUCAAGACGCCCAGCGGCAAGACUGCCCAGUGGCUGUGCACCAACCUGGACACCGGUCUGCUCGACAUCAACUGCGUCACCGCCGUCACCAAGUCCUAA